AUGCAACUUUGUUACUAUUCUGGAGUAUUCUGGAGGCUGAAGAAAAUUAUUAUUAAUUAACUAGCUGUCCUCCAGCAGGAAUGUCUAUUCAAACAGUGCAUAGGGGACUCUCAAUCAGCUUGUAAAUGUAUGUAUUAUCUGCUGAUAGUCUAGUUAAAAUAUAAUGUAGUAAACUGAUACGAGAUCCUUAUAUAGGUAUAGUUUACCAGGUUACUAAACAUCAUUGCCGCAAGACUAUUCAACAGCUGUGCAUGGAGGAAACCAAGAGGGUGUAAAGAUGGGGAAGCAAAGGAAGAAAUUCACUGGAUUAGAAAUCUCUCUCAUCACUGUCUUCAUUUUGCUGGUGAUUGUAACCUGUGUGCUGAUUGCGCUUUUAGCAACUGGACAUUCUGGUUUCAAAGACUUUUCACCAACCUGUCCAGACAUACCUAUAUCUGAGAGAAUUGACUGCAUUCCAGAUCAAGUGGCAACAAAGGACCUAUGUGUUCUCCGAGGCUGUUGCUGGAAUCCCCAAAAUGAAACAUAUUUACCUUGGUGCUACCUUUCCAAGAGUCAUGGAUACCGAAUGGAUGGAUCACGGAAAGACAACGAAGCAGGAUUUGAGGCCACAUUAACAAGGCUGCCUGCUCCUUCCUUGUUUGGAGGUGACAUUGAUACCCUUCUCCUGACUGCAGAAUAUCAGACAAAAAACCGGUUCCGGUUCAAGAUUACUGAUCCCAACAAUGCCAGAUAUGAAGUCCGACCUCAGAUUCUGAAACCUUUUGCUGGACCUGUGGGCACCUCUUUUGACUACAGGGUGGAAGUAAUUGAAAAUCCUUUCGGCAUCAAAGUGAUUAGGAAUAGCAACAAUAAAGUUCUAUUUAACAGCACUGUAGGGCCACUGAUCUAUGCUGACCAAUACUUGCAAAUUACAACUCGAGUGCCCAGUGAGAACGUUUAUGGGAUAGGAGAACAUGUCCAUAGGCAGUACCGACAUGACUUCAACUGGAAAACGUGGCCUAUCUUUACCCGGGAUGCCGUGCCUAUUGCAGACAUGAGUAACCUGUAUGGAGCUCAGCCUUUCUUCUUAUGCCUGGAAGAUGAGAGUGGAGAGUCUUUUGGUGUGUUCUUUAUGAAUGCCAAUGCCAUGGAUGUUGUAUUCCAGCCUACCCCAGCCAUAACAUUCAGAACAAUUGGUGGGAUUCUAGAUUUCUAUGUUUUCUUGGGAGACACCCCUGAGCAAGUUGUCCAACAAUAUGUAGCGCUGAUAGGACUGCCACAAAUGCCUUCUUAUUGGAAUUUAGGAUUCCAGAUUUGUCGCUGGAAUUACACAGAUCUUAAUGAUGUUAAAGCAGUGGUAGAAAGGAACCGGGCAGCUGGAAUACCUUAUGAUGUUCAGUACACUGAUAUUGAUUAUAUGGAGGACUCCAAAGAUUUUACUUAUGAUACAACAGAUUUUGCAGGCCUCCCAGACUUUGUUGCUGAUCUUCACAACCAUGGACAGAAAUACGUCAUAAUAUUGGAUCCUGCCAUAUCUACUGGGAAUCGCCGUAAUAAUGCCCCUUAUGAGACCUAUCUACGUGGAACAGCAAAAGAUGUUUGGAUAAAGGAUUCAAAUGGAGUUGAUCCACUUGUUGGAGAGGUGUGGCCAGGAGAGUCAGUCUUCCCAGAUUUCACAAAUCCUGCUGCUGUUCAGUGGUGGAUUGAGGAGUGUCGUCAGUUUCACACAACAAUUGAGUUUGAUGGACUUUGGGUGGAUAUGAAUGAAGUAUCCAAUUUUGUUAAAGGUUCAAAGACUGGCUGUGCACCAAACAGCUUAAAUUACCCACCUUUUACACCAAAGAUUCUUGAUGGAGUCAUGUACUCAAAGACAAUUUGCAUGGAUGCUGUGCAGCACUGGGGCAAGCACUAUGAUGUCCACAGCCUCUAUGGAUAUUCCAUGGCAAAUGCUACUGAGGCGGCUCUUAAAGAUAUUUUUGGCAACAAAAGAAGCUUCCUGCUCUCUCGAUCCACUUUUUCAGGAGCUGGAAGUUUCACAGGACAUUGGACAGGAGAUAAUGCUGCCACCUGGGAAGAUAUUAAAUGGUCCAUACAAGGAAUGUUGGAAUUCAGUAUCUUUGGAUUUGCUUUCAUCGGAGCAGAUAUAUGCGGUUUCCGUGAAAAUGUUUCAGAAGAACUCUGCAGGCGGUGGUUGCAACUUGGAGCAUUUUACCCAUUUUCUAGGAAUCACAAUGCUGCUACGCAUGAUCCUAAAGAUCCUGCAUAUUUUGGAAAGGAUUCUCUUUUGGUGAACACAACCAAACACUAUCUGAAUAUACGCUACACUUUGCUACCAUAUCUCUAUACCCUCUUUUACAAUGCACAUACAAAGGGAACCACCGUUGCACGACCAGUCCUGCAUGAGUUCUACUCAGAUAAAAACACCUGGGUCAUUGAUAGGCAGUUUUUGUGGGGACCUGGGCUUCUUAUUACUCCAGUGCUGGAUCCGGGUGUGGAUACAGUGACAGCUUACAUACCUGAUGCUGUGUGGUACGAAUAUGAGACUGGCAUAAAAUCACCAUGGAGAAAAGAAUACGGUCAGAUGUAUCUCCCAGCAGACAAAUUAGGUCUUCAUCUCAGAGGAGGCUACAUUUUUCCCACUCAGCAACCAGCCAAUACAACUGUUUACAGCCGUGUAAACCCUAUGGGACUUAUAGUUGCUUUAGAUGAAAACCAGCAAGCAAGUGGAGAACUAUACUGGGAUGAUGGUGAAAGCAGAGAUGUAUUGUCAACAGGAAAGUAUCUCCUUUAUCAGUUUACUGUCAGUAACAGAACCUUGGUCAUGAGUCCAUCACACAAUAACUAUCAAGAUUCAGCUAAUUUAAUGUUUGAAGAAAUCAGAAUCCUUGGAUUACCUCUUGAACCUACAGGAGUGACAGCAAACUCAGUUACUGUGCCUGCCAGCAACGUCAAUUAUAAUGCAGGAGAUCAAGUUGCCCACAUAACAGGUCUUCAACUUAGAUUAGGGGAUACACACACCAUCACAUGGAACGAGACCUUCAGAGAAAGCGACAGAAUUGAUUGUCAUCCUUACCCAAAUGCAUCACCAGACAGUUGUGCAGCUCUUGGGUGUAUCUGGAAGGAAACUACUCCAGGAAUUCCAUUUUGUUACUACCCUCCUGGCUAUGGUUAUACUGUCAACCAAGUUCUAUACUCAUCUUCUGGUUUAGAGGCAAACCUUGGGAGAAAUGGUGCAUCUGCUAGACACUCUAAAGCUACAACAUCACCAAUUAACACACUUCGCUUGGAGGUGAAAUAUCAUGAGAACAACAUGCUUCAAUUUAAGAUUUAUGACUACAGUAACCCCAGAUAUGAGGUUCCAGUCCCUCUGAAUCUCCCCAGCACUCCUGCAAGUGAUCCCAUGAAUCGUCUCUAUGAUGUGUCGAUUCAGAACAACCCAUUUGGUAUCCAAGUUCGGCGCAGAAGCACUGGGACAGUCCUUUGGGAUUCCCAAUUACCUGGCUUCAUCUUCAGUGACAUGUUCAUUCAGAUUUCAACUCGUCUGCCUUCAGAAUAUGUGUAUGGGUUUGGUGAAACAGAACAUAAACAGUUCCGACAAGAGAUGGACUGGAAAACUUGGGGAAUGUUUGCAAGGGAUCAGCCUCCUGGAUACCAAUUAAAUAUGUAUGGUGUUCACCCCUUUUACAUGGGCCUGGAAAAAGAUGGAAAUGCUCAUGGAGUUCUCUUGUUGAAUAGCAAUGGAAUGGAGGUAAAAUUGCAGCCAACUCCUGCUUUGACUUACCGUACUGUUGGAGGCAUUUUGGAUUUCUAUAUGGUUUUGGGCCCAACACCGGAACAAGUGGUUCAGGAAUACACUGCACUCAUUGGACGUCCAGUCAUGCCUCCAUAUUGGGGACUGGGAUUCCAGCUAUGCCGCUAUGGAUACAAAAGUGAUGCAGAUAUUUCUGAUCUGUAUAACAAAAUGAAGGCAGCUAAUAUUCCCUAUGAUAUACAAUAUGCAGACAUUGAUUACAUGGUUCGGCAGUUAGACUUCACUCUCAGUCCCAACUUUGCAGGCCUUCCAACACUGAUUGACAGAAUGAAGAAAGAUGGAAUGCGAUUUGUCAUCAUUUUGGAUCCAGCCAUUUCAGGAAAUGAAACCAAUUAUCCAGCAUAUGGAAGAGGUCUUGCAGACAAUGUCUUCAUCAGAUGGCCUAACAACGGUGAUAUCCUAUGGGGAAAGGUGUGGCCGUAUUAUCCUCAUGUUACUACUGUGAAUACUUCGCUAAAUUUUAAUCAGCAGGUGGAGUUAUACAGCGCUUAUGUUGCUUUCCCAGAUUUCUUCCGCAACUCUACAGCUCAGUGGUGGAAAACAGAAAUCCAAGAGUUCCAUACCAACCCUCGACAGCCAAAUGCUAGCAUUAAAUUUGAUGGCCUGUGGAUUGACAUGAAUGAACCAGCCAACUUUGUCAAUGGAGCAGUUAAUGGAUGUGGUACUUCUGACCUAAAUAACCCUCCAUAUAUGCCAAGCUUGGAGGACAAAGGCAAUGGGCUGAAUUCCAAAACCUUGUGCAUGGGAAGUGAACAGAUCCUACCCAAUGGAAAACCAGUUCUACACUAUGACGUCCACAACCUCUAUGGUUGGUCACAAACAAAGCCGACAUAUGACGCUCUACACAGUGUCACUGGAGAACGUGGAAUCGUCAUUUCUCGUUCAACAUAUCCAUCCAGUGGGAAAUGGGCUGGGCAUUGGCUAGGGGAUAACUAUUCACGGUGGAAUGAUAUUGCUAAGUCUAUAAUCGGUCUAAUGGAAUUUAGCCUCUUUGGAAUGUCCUACGUUGGAGCAGAUAUUUGUGGCUUCAUUGACAAUACAACCUAUGAACUGUGUACCCGCUGGAUGCAACUGGGAGCCUUUUAUCCUUAUUCCAGGAAUCACAAUGGUUUAGGAACUGUGAGGCAAGAUCCUGUAGCUUUUGAUCAAGCAUUUGAAGACAUGUCCAGGAAAGUGCUCAAUAUCAGAUAUACUUUGCUCCCUUAUCUCUACGCCUUGAUGUAUGAAGCCCAUGCUUAUGGUAGCACAGUUUCACGCCCUUUACUGAAUGAGUUUACAGAUGAUCAGCAAACAUGGGGGAUAUCAGAACAGUUUCUCUGGGGGCCUGCUUUGCUCAUUAGUCCUGUAUUAAAGGAGAAUGCUACAACGGUGGAUGCAUAUUUUCCUGAUGCUCGCUGGUAUGAUUAUUACACAGAUAAAGACGUAGGAGUGAGGAAGACAUCACACCUCUUAUCAGCACCUCUUGAUCAUAUCAACCUUCACAUCAGAGGAGGAUACAUUAUCCCAUGGCAACUGCCUGCUGUAAAUACCAAAGCCAGCCGAAAAAAUCCAAUGGGUCUUACAGUGGCUUUGGAUGAUAAUGGAGCUGCCCAUGGUCUGCUUUACUGGGAUGAUGGAACAAAAAUUGAUGCUUAUGAGGAUGGUAUUUACCUCUUACAUACAUUUAAUGCAAGUCAGAGUGCAUUAGACAUCAGUGUGGCCCACUCAGGAUAUGUUGACCCGAACAACUUAAAAUUUGCUGAAAUUAAAAUCCUUGGCGUAGAAUCUUCCUUCUCUCCCAGGGUUGUAGUGUUUCAGUAUGGUCAAGUGAUCCAGUCUCCUCAUUCAUCAACCUAUGAUUUUACAAAUAAGGUCUUGAACAUUACAGGCCUUCAGCUUGCACUGGGGCAAGCAUAUUCGUUAACAUGGACACAGCGUCCUGAAGAAAGCCUUGCAAAUAAUGAAAGAUUCGACUGUCAUCCAUAUCCAGAACCAUCUCAAGCCAGCUGUGAAAGCCGUGGCUGUAUCUGGGAGAUUUCUUCGGUUCCUGGUGUUCCACUCUGUUAUUAUCCCAUGAAGUAUGGUUAUUCAGUCAGCAACACGGAGGCGCAUCCUAGUGGUAUCUCAGCUCAACUCAAUAGAAAUACCAGCAUCCCUAACCCAUAUGGUCCUCUUUCACCAGCUAUUGACGUUCUAAGCUUAAAUGUGACAUUCCAUUCUGACAACAUGUUGCAGUUCAAGAUUAAUGAUCCCAGUGGAAGAAGAUAUGAAGUUCCUGUGCCACUGUCCACCCCAAGCAUCCCCACAAUUACAACAAAUCGGCUCUAUGAUGUAAAAAUUGUGAAUGAACCAUUUGGCAUACAGAUCAUACGGAAAAAUACAGGAACGGUGAUCUGGGAUUCUCAAGUGCCCGGUUUCACCUUCAGUGACAUGUUCAUUCAGAUUUCCACUCGGCUGCCAUCACAGUAUGUUUAUGGAUUUGGAGAAACUGAACACACUCAAUACCGGAGGGACAUGAACUGGCAAACCUGGGGAAUGUUCACUCAUGAUCAGCCUCCUGGUUACAAACUGAAUUCAUAUGGCUUCCACCCCUUCUACAUGGGCCUUGAAAAUGAUGGGAAUGCUCAUGGUGUUCUUCUGCUGAACAGUAAUGCUAUGGAUGUCACCUUCCAGCCGACACCCGCUUUAACUUACCGCACAAUUGGGGGAAUUCUGGACUUUUACAUAGUUUUGGGGCCAACUCCAGAACAAGUAGUUCAGCAAUAUACUAAACUGAUUGGACGACCAGUAAUGCCACCCUAUUGGGCCUUGGGAUUCCAGCUGUGCCGCUAUGGAUACCAAAAUGAUUCUGAAGUCUCUCAGGUCUACCAUGAUAUGAAGGCGGCAAAGAUACCCUAUGAUGUACAAUAUACAGACAUUGAUUACAUGGAACGGCAACUAGACUUCACACUCAGCCCAGACUUUCAAGGCCUUCCUGCUUUAGUUAAUGAAAUUCACGCAGACGGCGGAAGGUUUAUCAUCAUCCUGGAUCCAGCCAUAUCAGGCAAUGAAACUACACCAUAUGAGACAUUCACACAAGGCCUGGCUGAGGAUGUCUUUAUAACAUGGCCCAACAGCACGGACAUACCAUGGGCAAAGGUGUGGCCAGAUUACCCAAAUAUAGAGAUUGAUAAAAAUAAAGAUUUUGAAUAUCAAGUUGAGCAUUACCGGGCUUACGUGGCUUUCCCAGAUUUCUUCCGCAAUUCUACAAGACAAUGGUGGCAGAGAGAAAUAGAGAACUAUUAUAACAAAACCUUGAAAUUUGAUGGCCUGUGGACGGAUAUGAAUGAACCAUCCAAUUUCAUCGAUGGAGCUAUUGGUGGCUGCAGAGAUUAUAAUUUAAACCAUCCUCCUUAUAUGCCAGAUCUGGCAUUACGAGGAAGAGGCCUGGAUAUGGUGACGACGUGCAUGGGAGCCGAACAGCAGCUUCCUGAUGGAACAGCUGUGAGCCACUAUAAUGUGCAUAACCUGUAUGGAUGGUCACAAGCAGAACCCACCUUUUAUGCUUUGCGUAAUGCAACAAAAGAACGUGGAAUUGUUAUUACCCGUUCAACAUAUCCAUCCAGUGGUAAAUGGGCAGGACAUUGGCUUGGUGAUAACUUUGCACGAUGGGAUCAGCUUGAAAAAUCCAUUAUUGGUAUCAUGGAGUACAGUAUUUUUGGAAUCUCUUAUUGUGGUGCUGACAUCUGUGGCUUCUUCAAUGACACAACCUAUGAAAUGUGUGCUCGAUGGAUGGAGCUAGGAGCAUUUUAUACCUUCUCUCGAAACCACAAUGUGAUGGGAACUAUGAGACAAGAUCCUGUAUCCUUUAACGAAACAUUCAUAAAUAUAUCUAGGAAUGUGCUCAGCAUACGAUACAGACUGCUACCCUAUCUCUACACAUUAAUGCAUCUUGCCCAUUCAAAAGGCAGCACAGUUGCACGUCCAUUGCUGCAUGAGUUUGUGUAUGAAAAGGAAACUUGGGAUAUCUACAAACAAUUUAUGUGGGGCUCGGCACUGUUGAUAAGCCCUGUUCUGGAUGAAGGUGCCGUGACAGUGAAUGCUUAUAUUCCCAGUGCACGAUGGUAUGAUUAUUAUACGGGAAAGUACAUUGGAGUACGAAAACAGUUCAAGGAAUUACCAGCACCUUUGGACCAUAUAAACCUUCAUAUUCGGGGUGGUUACAUCAUCCCUUGGCAAGAGCCUAAUAUUACCACCACAGCCAGCCGGCUGAAUCCUCUGGGGCUUACCGUUGCUUUGGAUGACCGUGGGAAUGCUCAAGGUCAGCUUUUCUGGGAUGAUGGAGUUGGUAUUGAUACCUAUGAAGAGGGCAAGUACUACUUCGCAACGUUUCAAGUAACUCUAAAUGUACUCAAUGUCUAUGUGGAUCACAACAAUUAUUUAAGUGACUCUGUCCCUCUGAAGUUUGGCCAUCUUCAUAUCUGGGGACUCACAGCCUCAUCAGCCACAAAUGUUACUGUUACUUAUGAUGGGCACACAGAGUAUGUCACCCCUGAGUAUAGUUCAGAAAACCAGAUUCUGAAAGCUGAUUUCACUGGCAAAAAUUAUCUCCUUCAUAAAUUACAGCAACUCAAAUGGACAAUAAGCACUUAGCUGCCUGUGGAAAACAAGCUAGGUGGACAACCUCUCCAUCACUAAUGAGAAUAUUCAUUUAUCAAUUGUAUUUUGUUCAGACAUAUUAGCAAUAGACUAAUGAAGGCAUUGAAGUGACAACUGUAGUUAAUAUUUUCAUACAGCUUAUUUUUACUUUUUUAAUAAGCCCUACUUACAUUGCAAUAUAUGCCAAUUCUGGGAUACUUGUUUAGCCAUUAAAUUAAGAUACAAAUAAGCCACAAUGUUUAUUCUACUGGGAACUCUGGGAAACAAAAUAAUUUUGUAAAAUGGCAGGUAAAAUGCAUUUUUUAAAAAGGAUUUAUUCUAACAGGGUUACCAUUAUGUCAGGAAUCAGAUAUUUUUGUCUGUCCCCAUCCCCGAAGAACUGAAAUAUGUGUAUAAGAAUAAAGUGUCUGCUAUGAUGGACUAUGUAAUUGUCCUUGAUGAUGAUGUUUAUAAAUCUCUGUGUCAUAAAUAGAAUGUGUCAUAAAAUACAACAGAGUUUUACAUUGUGUCAUUUAUACUUAUGUGACAAUAAAACUCCAUUCACAAUAAA